AGCUGGCAAGCCCGCGCUGAGGCAGGACGCGCCUGCUAGCAGCCAGCGAGAGGCUCUCCGCCGUCCGGCGCGCGGGCUCCCCGGCCGGGGCCGGGCAAACUUUUCUUUCUCUUUUGCCCUCUCCUGAGGCGCCUUCUGCGGCGGGCGGACCGACUCCUCGGCGCGGCGGGGCCGGGGCAGGCUGGACGCAGCACGAUGCGCGCAGUGUGGGAGGCGCUGGCGGCGCUGGCGGCCGUGGCGUGCCUGGUGGGCGCGGCGCGCGGCGGGCCCGGGCUCAGCAUGUUCGCCGGCCAGGCGGCGCAGCCCGACCCCUGCUCGGACGAGAACGGCCACCCGCGCCGCUGCAUCCCGGACUUUGUCAACGCGGCCUUCGGCAAGGACGUGCGCGUGUCCAGCACCUGCGGCCGGCCCCCGGCGCGCUACUGCGUGGUGAGCGAGCGCGGCGAGGAACGGCUGCGCUCCUGCCACCUCUGCAACGCGUCGGACCCCAAGAAGGCGCACCCGCCCGCCUUCCUCACCGAUCUCAACAACCCGCACAACCUGACGUGCUGGCAGUCGGAGAACUACCUGCAGUUCCCGCACAAUGUCACGCUCACGCUGUCGCUCGGCAAGAAGUUCGAGGUGACCUACGUGAGCCUGCAGUUCUGCUCGCCCCGGCCCGAGUCCAUGGCCAUCUACAAGUCCAUGGACUACGGGCGCACGUGGGUGCCCUUUCAGUUCUACUCCACGCAGUGCCGCAAGAUGUACAACCGGCCGCACCGCGCGCCCAUCACCAAACAGAACGAGCAGGAGGCCGUGUGCACCGACUCACACACCGACAUGCGCCCACUCUCGGGCGGCCUCAUCGCCUUCAGCACGCUGGACGGGCGACCAUCGGCGCACGACUUCGACAACUCGCCGGUGCUGCAGGACUGGGUUACGGCCACCGACAUCCGAGUGGCUUUCAGCCGCCUGCACACGUUCGGCGACGAGAACGAGGACGACUCGGAGCUGGCGCGCGACUCGUACUUCUACGCCGUGUCCGACCUGCAGGUGGGCGGCCGCUGCAAGUGCAACGGCCACGCGGCCCGCUGCGUGCGCGACCGCGACGACAGCUUGGUGUGCGACUGCAGGCACAACACGGCCGGCCCGGAGUGUGACCGCUGCAAGCCCUUCCACUACGACCGGCCCUGGCAGCGCGCCACCGCCCGCGAGGCCAACGAGUGCGUGGCCUGUAACUGCAACCUGCAUGCCCGGCGGUGCCGCUUCAACAUGGAGCUUUACAAGCUGUCGGGGCGCAAGAGCGGGGGCGUCUGCCUUAACUGUCGCCACAACACGGCCGGCCGUCACUGCCACUACUGCAAGGAGGGCUACUACCGCGACCUGGGCAAGCCCAUCACCCACCGCAAGGCCUGCAAAGCCUGCGAUUGCCACCCUGUGGGCGCUGCUGGCAAGACCUGCAACCAGACCACAGGCCAGUGUCCCUGCAAGGACGGCGUGACCGGCAUCACCUGCAACCGCUGUGCCAAGGGCUACCAGCAGAGCCGCUCACCCAUCGCCCCCUGCAUAAAGAUCCCUGUGGCACCGCCGACCACUGCAGCCAGCAGCGUGGAGGAGCCGGAAGACUGUGAUUCCUACUGCAAGGCCUCCAAAGGGAAGCUGAAGAUUAACAUGAAAAAAUACUGCAAGAAGGACUAUGCCGUCCAGAUCCACAUCCUGAAGGCGGACAAGGCGGGGGACUGGUGGAAGUUCACGGUGAACAUCAUCUCCGUGUACAAGCAGGGCACCAGCCGCAUCCGCCGCGGUGACCAGAACCUGUGGAUCCGCUCGCGGGACAUCGCCUGCAAGUGCCCGAAAAUCAAGCCCCUCAAGAAGUACCUGCUGCUGGGCAACGCGGAGGACUCGCCCGACCAGAGCGGCAUCGUGGCGGACAAGAGCAGCCUGGUGAUCCAGUGGCGGGACACGUGGGCGCGGCGGCUGCGCAAGUUCCAGCAGCGCGAGAAGAAGGGCAAGUGCAAGAAGGCCUAGCGCGGAGGCAGCGGCGCGCCGGCGGGCUGGGCGCGGGGCCGGCCACCGCGGCGUGGACUUGGCCCGCGGGGCUUUCCCAGAUGGGGGGAGGGUGGGGGCGGGGCUGGGGCCCUCGGCGGCCCCGCCCCCAGCCCCCUGGGCGGCCAGGCCCCGGAGACUUAGCUACCUCACGGGCUCCCUCCAGAGCAGAGAUGCGUUUCCCUGGGGCGGGAGGGUGGCCGGGGCAGGGGCAGGGGCAGGUGGGCCGCAGCGAUGGGUAGAGAAGGGCACUUGAGGAGGAGAACUGUGAACCCCCAGGCCCGCAGCCCCAAACAGAAAACCCCGUUUGGUUCCCCUGACCCUUCUUGGGGAAUUGCCACAGGAACCCUGGCUGUGGCAACUCGGGCUCCCGUCUGCAGCGGUCUGGGGGAACCCGGGGGAGGCGGAAGUGGCCUGUCCAGCCAGCCCUCCCCGUGCGGUCUGUGGUCUCCACCUGCCCCCGCCAUCCUCCUGGUGGUGGGGGGUGCGGAGGGGUUCCAGUCUGUGCAGCCAGAGCAGUGAUGCCCCUCCUGGUCCUGCCCUGGCCGGGCUUGGGGUGGGUGGGUGCUUGGCCAGGCUUCUGGACCAGGGACACCCCCAAGAAGCCCACGCCGGGUGGUCGGUCACUGCUCACGCCGGAGCUGUCUGAUGGAGGAGGCAUUGGCAACGAAAAACCUCCCAGAGAGUUUCCUUUCUGGAAAGUUGGAAGCAGCCCCUUUAUGACAUUUUCCAGGGGAGGGGGAGGGGGCACUGGCUGGGCUUACGGCAGCGACACUAUUUGUGUAAUGACAUCAGCUCCCACAAGGUCCCUCAGCAGUGUCAACAGCUGGGAAGGGCCUGGAAGGCAGGCUGCUGAGGCAGUUGGGGUGGGAGUGGGCUGGCUGGAGUGGGGACCCGCUCCGCUGGCUCAGGGGGGCGCGGGAGUGCCCAAGUCGCAGGCUGGCAGGGCUGGAACCAUUAGGGUCCCAGGUACCAGGGGAGCCGUGACCACUUCCUGCUGGGCCCUCACUGCUGACUCCCCAAGGAGCGGACAGAGGAGGCUUCCUACCACCAUCCUGGUACGGCCUGGGUGGCACCUCACCCCCUCUGGCGGCCCCCUCUGUGGAUGCCUCCCGGGCCCCCUAGUGGGGUCAGGCUCCCUUUCCAAAGCUUCCGAGAGAUACCGUCUCCAAGCUGGCAGCCCUAAACGUCCAGGUCUGAUGGCCUCACACAGGACCUGUGCCCAGGGGCCCCCACCCCCCUAGCCGGCACUCUGAAUUCGAGGCCUGGCUCCUCUCUUCAGUCAAGAAAUUGGUUUCAUCUUCCCUGCUGGAGUUUGGCUGCUUAGAAGGGUCACACCAAGUAUGAAGCUCGGGCCCUCCUGGUUUGGCUUUCCUCUGCUUCCUCCCGCCUCGCCACCGCCACCAUUUACCGAGCACCUGCUCUGUGCCAGGCACUUUACCCCCGUAACCUCACACUAUCUUCAUGACAGCCCCGUGAGACAGGGGUCCUCACCGGGUACUAUAACCCCUCUUUGGUUCCCUCGCAGGCUGCAAGGGGUGCUUCUGGGUGAGUCACCCCUGAGACGCUGACCCUGGUGAUGGCAUCUGGCCUGGAGAACAGACGUCAGGAACUGGGGGCUGGGAUGGGCACAGUCAUAUCUUGAGAGGUGACAGCCAGGGCGGUGCGUGAGGCCGGUGUACACUCACUCCAGGUUCCAGGCAGGCAGGCCGUGGCUGGUCCUAAGGUGUAGGCAGAAAGGAUGUCUGGCUGCCUGGAGGGGUUCCAGAGAUGCCCCCAGGGGCAGGGGAAAGACAGAAUGGGCCUGGGAAGGGGUCACUGACCUGCCUGACUCCGAGUCCUAGGCUGGAAGUGUAGGGCCCUCUGCACGCAGUCGGCACCACCCCGCCGCCCGUGUGGUUCGGGUGUGUUUUGUUGGCUCACAGUCUACGAGAGGCUCUGUCCUGUGUGGGCAGUCGUCCUCUUUCUGUUCGCACCAGCCUGGCUUCUCUGCUUUGCCCAGGAGGGCAUGGCAGCCCCGCCAGCUCCCACCCCAGGCCCAAGUCUCAGCCCCCGUCACGAGGGGGGCUUGCACUGGUGGUCUCCGUGGCCAGCAGCCCGCCAGGCAGCAAUGCAUCUUGCUUUAAAUUCAGCCAGUCUCACCCUCUGGCUCAGCACCCCGAGAGCAGAGCAGCCUGGCCUCUGGGGAAUGUCAGGGCCACCAGUCAACUAGGGGGUAGAGGAACUCGGGGCGGGGAGGGGCUCAGUCCUGGCAGGUGGCCUUCCCCACCCAGCCAGAACCCAGCCCACCGCUCCUCUGAAUCCAGCCACCAAUUCGGGAGGACCCUCCCCCUUGGGAAAGCACCCCUCUCCUUCCCUCGCCCACCCACCCCGGGUGGAAAUGGAAAUAGGAAUUGAGGUUCCGGUUUGUACAGUUAGGAAAGGAUGUAAAAUGGAACUAGAUUUUGAAGAGUGUAUUAACCAGAGUUGUGAUAUGUAGGUGUUUGAAGAAAAACAUACCAGAUUAGUCUUUCUUUUUUUAAAGAAAUUUCCAAGUUGUCCUUUUUCUUACCUGCUGGGGGGUCUGGAGCCCCUGACAGCGGGGUCCCUGCUUUUCUGACACAUAGUAAUGCUAAGGAUUGGGGUGGAGGGAAGGAAGAAGGAUGAGGGGGCUGCCCCCUGAACUCACCUGCAGCUUGGCUUCCGUCCUGAGCAAAGGAGGGUGAGGCAGGUCCUAGUGGUAAAGUGGGAGGGACCCCCGCAGUCCAAGCUGGGGGGAGCUGGGAGCUGCCCCCAGGCCUCUGGUACCCACCUAGCACUCUGCCCCCAGAGUAACCGCAGGAAAUGGGUACAGCCUGUCUUGGGUUAACCCCAGGCUGGAGACUGAAAUCAAGGAGAGACCCCUUUAGGCAACUGAAAAAUGUUUGGGUCUCACCGCAGAAAGGAAGACUGCAGAGUGGAUGAACUAGACCCAUGGAUAGGGUUACUGGGCCAUGGUUCAUGGCCAUAGCCAAGUCGUACCCUAAGGGUAUCGAAGUGUGUACUUGUAGGGCCUCGCCCCUGUCAGAAUCAAGCCAGUCCUGCUCCUCGCGUCCUUGGACGUGGCUCCCCCUCCCCUCUGCACCUCCCCACUCCCCACUGCGUUCCGGAGUUCUGUUCACUCAGAAUUGUAAAUGUUUAGUUGUGACCAUGACAUAUUGUUUGGGUCAGUGUUCCUUUCCAAUGCAUACUAAUAUAUUAUGGUUAUUAUAUAUGAAUAUAUUUAAUGACAUGGAAAAAGUUGUGGAUUUUUUAAGUUUUUUCUUUUUUUUGGUUAGAGUUGUAAUGGACCCAGAUGGAACUUGUAACGUGGGCCCCACAUGAUAGAACUAAAUUCAGAUAUCAAUUAAAUAAACUCUUGUACACUGUU